AUGGAAACAGAUGCAUCAAAAGAAUCAGGCAAGUCUUCAGCUGUAGCAUUGGAAGGCUGCGAAGAACAAAUGGCAAUGCAGCUUUUGGCCAGCGAUGAAACCAAAGCCGUAGUGGCCCUUCCAGCUUGUGAUCAGUCUCAGAAUCAGGAAGUAACAGACACUAGUGAUGAUGACCAGAGGGGAGAUAGUCCCCAUUUUGCUGGAGCUGAAGAUGGUGCUGUUGGGGGAAGUGAAGAACAGAGCAAGGCAGUGCAGCCUAGCAAAGGGUCAUCUGCUGACCUCUUGCAGUUGGCUGAACAAGCAUUUGGUGACCAACAAGAAAGUGGAACGACCUUAGUACAGCUUUCCCAAGUUCGUCCAAGAUUACGGGACAUGAUACAAUUUGCCAUAGAUCAGCGCUACCCGGGACCAUCUGGAAAUGGUGGUCAAACAGUAGCGGCAGAUAGAUCUGUACCAACCAACAGCAGUAAUGUAGAUGCCAUCAUAGUGCAAGCACUACAGACAAUGGACAGUGUAUCUUCUUUGGGGAGGGACUUAGAAAGUAAGCUACAUGAUGAACGGUCUAGAAAGAAGAUCUCCCUUGCACAGGAGCGAAAGAAGAAAAUGGAUCUACAAAAGGUUUCGGAUCUCCGUACGCGUUGGAGAGAUCUUGUCUCAAUAACCAGGACAACGUUAACCAGUAUUGAUGCCUUUGAGUCAGAUGAAGACAAGGAUCAAGAUGUAUCAUCAGAGUCAGAUAAUGAAGAAAGCACUGAUUCGAACAAGGAAAUGGCCAGUGACGCAGAUGAUGGAGGUAGUGCCACGUUUGCUCUGCAGCUCGAUAAAGAAAAAGUGUCAGCUGAAGAUGUAGUAAAGGAGAAGACAGAGACAUUAUUUCCCUUGCCAGCUGUCAGUUGCUUGCCUAUGACAACAGUUGGUUAUACUGUUAUGCCCUACCCAGUGGCAGAUAAGCAAAAGCUGGGUCUCAAUUCUGACCAUGCUGAUCUAGAGGAGGAAGGUAACAACGGAAAGAUUAAAACGUCUCUAUCAGCACAGGACAUGAGCAAUCCCCAGCCAAAAGAGAUGUCUAAAGACCAGAGCAAGGAAGAUGGAGAUUUUGAAAAGGAGUUCCAAAACAUACAUCCCCCAGGUUCUUCCUCACAGCAAGGUCACAGUCUUCCCCUUUAUGUGUUUCAUCAUGAUAGUGCCAGACAUGAGACCCCAGCAACAAGUUCAUUGCAAACAGGCCCGUACAAAAGUUAUGAAGAGUUACACUUUGGGCGACCACCGGAAGAGAGAACUGACGACAGUGUGGCUCAAGAAAACAAAGCAGAAGCAGCAACACAGACCAGUGAAGAAGAUUUCCUGGGCAGGUGUAGCAAUGGGCCAGUCAAAAUACCAUGUGGUGCGAGUGCUGAUUGUACCAGUCAGCCUUCAGAAGAAGAGGGGGCUGUGGGAGGGGCAGUAUGUCCAUCUGGACAGGGCAGCAGUGGUGGGAAUGACCUGGGCAUUCCAGACCCAACCUGCAACCAGACCCACAGUAUGCUAGGUGAACAGAGAUCUAGAGAAGCCAUUGGUGAGCUGAUGGCAGAGCUUCAGCCACAAGAUGAGGAAGUCACAGUUUCCACACAGUUCACACAGUUCUAUGGACCACCUGCUAUUAUGCAUCUGGAGGAUGAGAGUUAUCCGAGACGCAACCUAUUUGAUUUCCAAGACCAUGAGGAGUUGUAUGACUUGUCCAGUGCAGAUUCAUCACCCCCACCGUCUCUUGAUUUGGAGGAACUGUUGACAGAGUUUCGUGAUCAAGGAGCCAGGGUGGUGAUAGUUGACAGCGAUGGACACACGCUCCUGAACACACUCUUAGCAGGACCGAGACUGGUCCAGUAUCAAGCUCUGGAGAUUGCAACCACAGUUUUGGAGAGAGGAGACUUAAGGGAUUUCACCCUGAGGUGGCCAGGAGGAUAUCUCAUUCCCUGGGACUCCUUACUGGGACUGCCCAGCAACCAGGGACCAACCACUGUACAGGUUCAACCAGCUCAGCAUGGGGAGGGAGAGUGGAGGGUAGUUUCGACUGAAGGUGACCCCAUCUUGCAACCUCCAGACAAUCAAGAAGAGAAUGCUGGUAACAGCGAAAUGCAGGCAUGUUUGUCAGAAGGAUUGCAUGGCCAGCAGCAGCUGCAUGGAGGCGCUUCAUCACCACAGAGCAGCCACGCUGGUCCAGGCCAACCACUGACUGUCCAGCCAGACACUGCAGAACAGCAAGACUUCAGGUGUACCAUCUGUAAAGAGGGAAGAGGACAACUGGUUGAAACACCCUGCCAGCAUCUGUUCCAUCCAGGCUGUCUGUAUAAUUGGAUAGCUCGAAAUGACAGCUGCCCGAAUUGCAGAAAGCCAGUUAACAAGUGCAGUGAGAAUUGAAACUUCUGGUAACACAGCAGUAGUUACAGGUCAUUAAAAUGCAGACUUUUGUGUGUUUAACUGUAAUAAGAAUCAGCAUCACAACUCUCGUGAAUUGCCAUUGUACAAUUAACUAUAUUAGUUACUGCCUCAAUGUUAAUCUUUACUUACCAUGGUCAAUUUUCCUGACCAUCUUUUAAUGAAUUGCAGAUUUAAUACAGAAUCUGCAUUAUACCAGUGACCCUUGGAGGUGACUUGAAAUGUUGGCCACAUUGGUCAAAUUUGUCCUCUCGUUUUGAACUUUCCCUAACUAGCCAGGGCUUGAAAUACUUUUUCUGCAGGUAAUUUUUUGCACCAGACAAUUGCGCCACUCAGGGAGUUUGCAUGGGUAAUACUAGGGAACAAAAGAAACAAAAAUCCACAUACAAUGUACAUGUGUAUGAUUAUUACCUAGAUGACAUAUAUCAAACCAGUACAUGGACCAGUGCAGUCAGAUAUCAGAAAUACCUGCACAGCUCCAAUUUUACCUGCACUAACCUGCAUAUAACCAGUACAUGGACCAAUGCAGGUUAGAUGCAGGUAGACAUCAGAAAUACAUGCACAGGUCCAAUUCUGGCUAAGAUGCAUAUAGUGAUAUACACCCAGUAUUUUGAGCCCUGACAGGAUCUAUAUAGAAGUGCAUGUAGUCGCAAAGUGACAUGGGACCAAUGUUGGAAGUUAGGAUACAUUGUACAUUGUGAAGUUUGAGUAACAGAAAUGAGAAGUGACUCAAACAAUUUCAGGGGUAGGAACUAUGUGCCAGCGCUCAGCCUUUUGUAU